AUGCAACUCGCCAGACACUCCAGCUUCCUCCUCCACACCCGCUUGACCCCCGCCUCGUCCUUGUUCGUCGCGAUCCGCCGCCGCCCUUCACCCGCCGCUAAGCUGUCUUCGACCGUCCGCACCAUGGCCCAGACAGACGCGCAGAUGCGCUUCAAGAACCCCGCCCUCUUCGUCUGCGACCUGCAAGAAAAGUUUCGCAAUGCCAUCUACGAGUUUGACAAGGUGGUCACCACGACUGAGAAGCUCCUUGCCUUUGCCAAGGCCGCCUCCAUACCCGUGCGCGUCACGACGCAGACCGUCGCCAAGCUCGGCCCGACCGUCCCUAGCAUCGCCGCGCACCUGACCUCCAUCACGCCCGUCGACAAGACGCGCUUCUCCAUGGCCGUCCCCGAGGUUGUCGCCGGUCUGGCGCCCGGCUCGCAGGUUGCGCUCGUCGGCAUCGAGUCGCACAUCUGCAUCACGCAGACAGCGCUGGACCUCCGCGAUGCUGGGCACCACGUCUACGUCCUCGCCGACGGCGUCAGCAGCUGCAACCGUCAGGAGGUCGUCGUCGCGCUCGACCGCUUGCGCGCCGAGGACGGCGUCAGCGUCACCUCGAGCGAGAGCUGGAUGUACGAGUGCCUCGGCGACGCAUCGCACCCGGCCUUCAAGCCCCUCAUCGCCAUUGUCAAGGGCGCAGGGGACAACACGAAGAAGGUCCUCGAAAGUUUGCCCCCGAUGCCUAAGAUCUAG